GAGGAGGAAAAAGAGGAGGAGGAGGAGGAGGAGGAGGAAGAAGAAGAGGAGGAGGAGGAGGAGGAGGAGGAGGAGGAGGAAGAAGAAGAAGAGAGGAGGAGGAGGAAGAAAGAGAAAGAAAAGGAGAGGAAGAGGAGGAGG